CUAUCAGUUAAACGUCAUUAUUUAUAUUGAAAGAAAGCUGUUUACGACUAGUAAAUUUACGGCAAAUAUAGUUAAAAAUAAUUACUGAUAAUAUUGUCCCAAUACAUAUAAUCGAAAUGACUCAGUCUGCUUUACCAAAUCCUAAUACAUUAUUACCACUAGAACUUGUGGAUAAAUGUAUAGGUUCUCGAAUACAUAUUAUCAUGAAGAAUGAUAAAGAAAUGGUGGGAACUUUGCAAGGUUUCGACGAUUUUGUGAACAUGUUAUUGGACGACGUGACAGAAUAUGAAUCAACACCUGAAGGACGAAAGAUCACGAAACUGGAUCAAAUCUUAUUGAAUGGAAACAAUAUUGCAAUGUUAGUGCCAGGUGGAGAAAUGCCAGGAGAAUCUUAUGAUGGACAAUAAUUAAUAAUAAAUGUAUUAUUUUUAAA